AUUGUGUGUUUGUCUGUGGAGAGAUGGAUGACUGUGAGUAAUUGUUCAAAUCUGUAGGCACUGGCAGCCAAUGAACUUGUAAGAUGGAGCAAGAGGCUUCAAGAGGGUGAUUGGCUGCAGUCUUAAAGAAAGGGGAUGGUUUAUGGGUGUAGGGUGUUUGUGCAGUUGGCUGUGUCCUGUCUGUGUUAGAGUACUACGAGUGACUAAAGAAGAGCUGUUUGUCUUUUAAAGAAGUCCAAAUGUCAAGGAGCUAGAGUUCAGCUGAGAUGCUGAGGUUACAUCUCUUCAAAAAUGGAAUGGAGCUGAUCAUGAGAGGCACAAAUACAGGAUAACAGGAUAUUUCUUUCAAGGUGGCCAAAGAGAAAGCUGUAAACAGGAAGUGCACAAGGACAGGUACGACUACUAGUUUUACAAAAUGCCUUUGGAGACUCUCAAAUGCCCAGUGAGGCAACCGGCGAGGACUGCUGCAGCUGCAACACCACCACGCUUGCGGCCCAAGGGGCCAGUGGGGCCAGACUUCUACCGGCGGUUCCCGGCAGCAGCAGGCAGACCAAAGCAGAGCGCGGUGGAGAGGCUGGAAGCAGACAAGGCAAAAUAUGUCAAGAGUCAGGUGGCUCUUUCUAAACAGCAGCCAGUCGGGCCUCCUGAAGUGUGGAAGCCUCUGCUAAACCCCGGCACUGCUCUGCGGCCCACCAGGAAGACACCGACCCAAACAAAAACAAAGCAGGAGGGAGUCCAGCUCAACGUGGAGCAUCUGAGUAACCUGAUCAGUGGCGUUAGUGAUGGGCCCCAAUUCAGUACUACUGUAGUCUCAAAGGACAGUAAAGCUCCUGAUUGUGCUACCACUUCAUACAGCUCUCCUUGCCCCACACCUGCAGGGGCACAACAGAAAAAGGAGAGACCGUGUCCACCUCCCCGUCCUGACUGGUCCAGUCCUGCUAAGGUGAGAUUAAAAGCCUCUGGACCUGCCAGGGUAGAGAGUCCUGGCUCUCCUGGGUCUCCAGCUGCAGGGAACGUACGCAGAGUGGACGUCUUGCCUCAGGCCAGUCCUGGGAGGACCCCUGGCAGACUACCUCAGUACAUCCGGCAGCCCCUUCAGCCCAUACCUUUACAUUCCCAGUUUCCACUCCGCCCGGCUACUUCACAUCUGCGUCUCUUCCACCCCAGAACAACAGGUCCCUCUCCUCUAAAACCCGUUGUUGCUCCAUCGAAACCUGACAACCCUCCCUCCUCUCCAGCUGGAACCCACUUCCCUGCUCCACCACCCCCUGCCGCUGUUUUCCCUCCCCCCUCCCCAGCGAUUACCCGUUUAUCCUCCUCCAGCUCCAGGAAACGCCCCUCUCUGACCCGGUCUAAAUCGGACAUGAGUGACCGGUACUCUCGAGCCGGGACGGAGUUGGAGCGCUUCUUCAACCUGUGCGGUUUGGAUCCUGCAGACCUGCAGGAGUUUACCGGAUCUAGUUCUGACAUUGUGUCCAUGGCCCGUUUCCGCAGUGUGAGCGCUCCAGGGUCUGAGUGUGCAGGCUCCGGCAGAGAGGGCGAAGAUGAGGAGGAGGAGGAGGAUGCUGGCAAUGCUGCAGGGCGUGUUCCCUACGGUGUUUCUGUCAUUGAGAGGAAUGCGAGAGUGAUUAAAUGGCUGUAUGGACUCCGUCAUGACAAGGACAAUGCGAGUAGGAGCGCCAAUUUAUAGGAUGGUGUUAAAUGGUCUAAAAGCUUUAAAAAUGUCAAAGAUUGCAUAGCACAUGGAGUGAUGGGAUCCCAGGAUUAAACUGGCAGUAAACUGAUGUAUGUGAUGUGAUGAUAUAGUGAUGGAUGCAAUUUUGCCAAGUAAUUCACUUCCAUUUGGUUCUCUUCAUGUUCGUUUUGAUCAGAUUUUUUUUUGUUUUUGUUUUUUUUGUUUACAGAAUUAGAAAUUUGUGUGUCUCAUAUGUCAUUUCCGGUCGCGAUCACGUUCUGAGGCUGUAAAUCGACGGCAUUAAAGAUUGAAUGAUGCAA